AUGCGGAAGGAAAGAAUGGAGAAUCUAACAACUACUGGAAAGAUCGCAGAGAGAAGAGAUCGCGGUCAACAACGAAUAACAUUCGUGAAGUCCUUGUGUCACUUGUUGAAUAUCACCACAUUUCAACUCUUGCAAAGUGUUCAAGAUCGGGUUUUGUGGAGCAUAUGCAACGUAGUGUAUAGUUUAGACCUUACAAGAGAGCCCAAAAAAAUUAGCUUGGACGUUUUGGACGCUGUUGUUUCACAAAUUCAAGCAUCUCAGAUUUUUUCAAAUGAUAGACUUUUCUUGAAAAAAAUUGCCUUCGAAAGAUCCGUGUUUGGUAGAACGGAUAAAAUUUUUAGAGCAUCUAGAACCGGAUUAUGGCAGAUUAGUGAAGAAAUACUGAACGGAACCAAAAUUAAUUUUCCAAAAUAUUUUCCCAUUUUGUAUUCAGAAGUUAAACUCAAAUUUGGAAUUGACUGGUCUAAUGUACUGUAUGAGGAUUUGGACAAAGCGUUGCACAACGGUCUAGCAGCGCGUAUCGCCAUCCAUUUACGCUACCAAAAACUUCCGAUCGAUACCGUGAAACAAUCAGAAAUUUGGUCUACAGUCUUCAGGAAUGGCCGAGAUGAACUGGAAUUCAUGAAUGGAGCACUUUUCUUCAAAACCGGUAAACAGGAUUUUGAGAUUCGACGUCUUGCUGGAUAA